AGCAGUACGAGCACCCGUCACAGCAAGCAUCAUAUAUAAAAGAAGGAAUGGUGUUUCGGUCAGCCACAUUAGACAACAUGAGUCAAGAAGAUGUCGAUGGAUUCAUUCAAGCCCAUGGCAUCAAUACGAUUCUUGAUUUACGUACAGGGACGAGAAGGACUGCCUAUUGAUAAAAGUUUCCCUACCACAGCAUUAGACAAUUUGUCACCCAGUGCUCUUGUAGCGGGGGAGAAUGCCGACGAGACAACAGCGGCCAAGAAAGCCGAGGUCUUCGGAACCACAGGUCAGGGCACGUUGGUUCGAAAGAAAUACAGAGUAGAUUUUGCAGGAAAGAAUUUUCAAAGAUAUUGCGUCUUUGCAGCCUGUUCUUUCCCAUUGAAACUGUAACGCCGCGAAUAACACAAAGCUCCACACAGCUCACCAGUAGAAAAAACUGAUGGGAUUCCUUCUUUUAUAGGUACAUUAUUUGUUUAAUGCUUUUCUGUCAACGUCAAAAAGCGACGUUUAUCAUUGGACAAAAAGUGCUCUCGAAAAUGGGCGUCAACAAGAUG